AUGAAAGAUACGGAAGCGAAGAAUGCGAUGAAUCUAAAUUUAUUUCAUUAUGAAAUAUUUUCUUGCUCUCUUACCUGUGGUUCUCUUUUUUUGCAGGUGGAAAAGUUUGGCGAUGAAAUAAUAAUAAAUUUUUAUGGAAAAAGUGUCAACCAGUCUUGUUGCUUCACUUCCAGUAUUAAAACAAUUAAUGGUGAAAAAAUCUUACAUAUGCUUAAUGUUUACUUAAAAGUUAGGCGGAAGAGUACUCCAUCAUUUACGGAUAACAAAUCCGGAUAUCCAGAAACUUCAACUGCAAUUAUUUGA